AUGUCCUCAACCGACUCUCAGAAAAAGGAUGCCUUGACCACCGUCCAAAGCAUCGCCUCCACCCAACCAGACUCCUCCUCCUUCUUAGCAUCUCCCUCCUGGCGCUCAAAACUGCACCUGCGCCUGCACCGCCCCACACCACCCACCGUACCCGGAAAGGAGAAGUGGCGGGAUGCGACUCUAAGUGACAAGGAGCGCUGGAAGGAGUGGAACAAGGCAAAGGAUAGGGAGCAGAUGAAAGGAUCGACGAUAGGGGCUUUUACCGAGUUUUACAAGGGAAAGGGCAAGUCGGGGUAUUGGCUUGAUAUAAGUGAAUGA